AUGGAAGUGAGCAACACAACUCCUGCUAAGGCUCUUGCCAUCAAGAAGCCAGAAGUGACUGAAGAACAGUUCUCUGGCGACGAGGCAAUCCUCAUGAGUGCAGAGUCUCCAAAGACAGAGAUCAGUGAUCGUGAUCUCGGACUCGAAAGCCAAACGGCACUGAGAGCGGGACGUAAGUCUACUCCUCGAGAACAGCGUCAAGACCAACCAUGUCCUAAUGGAUAG